AUCAAAGUGAUAUUUAAGUCAAAAGAAAAUGUUAAAACAACAUUCACUUAAUAUUUCAUUGUCAAAUUUGCAGGGUAAGUAGUUGGGGCUUCUUAACUUUACAAAGUGAAGUUAGAACUGAAUGAAUGAAAAAGGGUACAUGGCAAUGGACGCAGAGCCAAAAGGUCUAGAAGCUUCCUUGCAACAUUUGAUUGAUCUUCACCACCACAAAUCUCUUGUCCUUGCCCACCACACAGACAAAGCCAAGAAGGACGCAAUAAGGAAAGCCGAGCGUGUUUCUGAUUUGCUGGUUGAAGCAGUGAAUGGUGGGGUCCAAGAUUCUUUCAUCAACCAGAAGCGAAUUGAGCUUGAAAUUCGAACUCUGGCUGCCACCAUCACCAGGUUCAUGAAGCAAACCGAUCAAUGGCUCGCUGCCACUCAUGCCCUCAACACUGCUCUCAAGGAAAUUGGAGACUUUGAGAACUGGAUGAAGAUCAUGGAAUUUGAUUGUAAAAGUAUCACCACAGCUAUACAGAAUAUUCACCAAGACUCCAAGAGUGAUAUUACAGCAAGUUUUCAUGCAUGUCACAAUAAAAAAACUUCGUACCCCAUUGCCCAGAGGCUCUUCGCUAUGCGAAGGUAUGGGGGAGGGAUAUUGUACGCAGCCUUACCCUUGCAUAUGCAAAGAGGCUGUUUCCGGAUUCGAACCCAUAACCAACAAGUCACCAAGGCACCAAGGCACAACUUUACCCAUGCAUGUCACAAUGAAAUAUAAAUUUCUAAUCCCUUUUCAUUCAUUUUUCUAUUCUACGCAUAAUAUCGAAUAUCAUGUGUUAGUCAUUUGACUUUGUUUUCAGUGAAGUAACCAGCUUGAAGAAGCAAGAAUUGAUUAUUACC